GGCCUUGUGGCUGUUGCGAGUUUGAAGUCUGUCGAAGAUCAUGGUGGAUCUGCCUCAUACCCAUGGCAGCUAAACCCGAUCCGGUCAUCGCUACCUGCCUGUCUGGACAAUGUGGGGCGGCUGCCACCGGUUGGCUCAUGGGAACGGGUGGGAUGGAACCACCAAUUGGUGCAAACUGCAAGGUACGGCCACUUUUCCGUCACUCUCUUGAGUCUCUAUUCCCACUUCUUUAACAUCUUAAAACUUCCCCCG